GCUAGCUAUACCAGCUCUAUCGUGGCAUAUGCAAGUUUAGUUUUAUAAAGUGUUAGGUUGAUUAUAAGUGAAUAAAUAAGUUUUAAAAUUUUGUUAUAUAGUUAUAAAAAUGAAGUGGUCUUGUCGACAGCUUUUGUUUCUUUUUGCAGUUGUAAUCUUUGCGGCUCAUGGUGAGAUCAAUAAGAAAUGGAUGAAAGAUGCACUACAGUCACACUUUUCUCAGCCGAGACAUCACGCGACCUACCCGAAAUACAAGAUGAGAGCGAUGCGGUUCAUCAGAGACGAGUUUCGGGAAUACGGACUGGAGACUCACCUCGACACGUUUAACACACUUUUAAAUAAGGUGUCUGGUAUAAACGUCAUUGGUGUUCUGAAAGGUAAACACUUCAACACAGACGAUGACGUCAUUGUGGGCGUGGCUGCGCAUUAUGACACUAUGAGAGAUACCUCAGGUGUUGAUGACAAUGGAGCUGCCGUCGUCGCGAUGUUGCAGGCAGCAAAGAAAGUGGCGAGUGAACCGCUUAGGAACAACACCGUCAUAUUCGCGGCGUUCGACCUGGAAGAGUGGGAAGACGUGCGCACCGUUACCGAUGCGGCAUGUGGCAGUAUAAGUUGUGGCUGUCUAAACUUCAUGAACACGUGGGUGCCUAACUUCUGGAGCAGCACGCCGGUUGUGUCGGGGGUGAUGGUCAUGGACACCAUCAUGAACUUUGAUGAGACGAGGCAGUCACAGAAACUUCCAGUAUCAUCAGAGAUGAUGCGCAGGCUGUUCCCUGUGGCAGCUAAAAGUAUUGCUAGUGAUGGGUCCCAGGGCGAUUUUCUCACUGCAAUCGGCCGCCCAGCUGAUUCCCGAAUACUCGACGCCUUUGUGAAUCAGUUCCAGAAUCAGGGACAGGGCCAGUACGAGGUAGAGAAGUUCAUGCUGUCUAUGCUGAAGGGAAAUAUCAUAUCGCCAGACGACAUUUCUAGAUACGAGCAUUUCAUGCGAAGUGAUCAUGCCAUUUUUUGGCAGGCGGGAAUUCCCGCCAUUUUCAUAACUGACACAGCCAACUUCCGAGGUUACAUGCAGAACUGCUACCAUAAACGCUGUGACACCAUGGAAAAAGUCACCGACAGCAUGAUUGAAUUUGCUGCCAAAACAUCCAGAGCUCUUGCAGCAACGGUCAACCAAAUGGCGCCCACACUUCCAAAUGUUAAUUCAGGACACCAAACAUUUCCGGAAGUCGUCAUCCUGUUCUGGGUUGUCGUUCUUGCAAUGCUGCCAAUGUGAAGUUAACAGCAUAAAAGUGCUUGACAAGCACCUCAGAACCAAAGUACAAAAGGUGUUUACUUUCUCCACAGAAAUCAAGUGUUGUUUAGAACUGUAGGACUGAAGUUAGACAUACAAAUGCACAUUUUACGGUGGAAAUAAAAGUAAAAUAAAGAAUAUGAAAAUUAGUUUGAGAAUCUCAAUUGUAAAACAUUUACACUGAACUGUAUGGAAUGAAAUGAAAUUAAAAUGUGUAAUACAAAUUAUACCACAAGUACGUAGAAUUGUAGAAUACAAAAUUAAAGACAGAAUACAAAAUGAACCAGACUUCUCUCUCACUAAACACUAAUCACUAACCCAGUGUCCUGGACGGACAGUCUAAAUAGCUGUCCACGACAGUGCGCUUGAACCCUAAAUUGGAAAUAAUUAUUAAAGAAAGCAUAAUUUUAGUGGAACCACAGUUAUUUAGAACUGUACAAAUAAAAUUCAAAAUAAAAAAUUUAAUUUUUCACCUUAAUUAUGUAGUACUGUAGGAAUCAAAAUCAAAAUACUUGCAGAUUGUGCAAAUUGUAUUACAUUUAUGUAGAUGAGCAAAUUUUUUUGUUUUAACCUUUGUAUAACGCACUAUUUUAAUUUCUACUUUAAUAUUGUUUGAAAGACAUUUUUUCUGUCAAUCUGUUUUUCUUUUUGAUUUCUAC